AGGGAGGGGCCCCGAGCGCCGCCAUGUCUUUGUACGGCUGGAGCGCAAAGCACUCUGGGACCGGCUGGCUCGGGUUUGAAGGCAAAGACGGCGGGAAGUCUUGGCCCUGGCCUGAGUGAGCAAGAGGAAAGGAGGAAAACCCUAUGACUGGUGCCUGGACAACUUCAUAGGCAGGCGCCUGGAAAUCUGGAUAUGGAGCUGGCGAAUGCUCAAAGUCAGGACGGCGAGUCCAAAGGAGGUGUUUUAGCUCACUUGGAAAGACUAGAGAUUCAACUAAGUAAAUCCCAUAAAAAAUUGGAAGAGCCACAGAGAGAACAGGCAGUGGAAAGUGCUCUUGGAACCAAGAUUCAUAAACUGAGACUUCUGCGAGAUAAACUGAGUGCCGAAUUGAAACAACGUCAAGCCAGAGUUAAAGUAUCUGCUGCCAAUGUAGAGCCUGACCAAACAUUGGAGAUUAGUGAGCAAGAAAUUUUGGAGAGAAAACAGGAAAAUGUGAAAGCCAUUCUACAGGCAUAUCGUUUUACAGGGAUCAGUGGGAAACUGACCAGCCGAGGAGUCUGUGUUUGUAUCAGCACUGCUUUUGAGGGGAAUCUCCUGGAUUCCUAUUUUGUGGACCUUGUCAUACAGAAACCACUUCGGAUACAUCACCAUUCGAUUCCAGUCUUCAUUCCUUUAGAGGAGAUAGCUGCAAAAUACUUACAGACUAAUAUUCAGCACUUCCUGUUCAUUCUUUGCGAAUACCUAAAUGCUUACUCUGGGAGGAAGUACCAGGCAGAUCGACUUCAGAGUGACUUUGCAGCCUGUCUGGCUGGGCCCUUGCAGAGAAACUCACUGUGCAACUUGCUGUCAUUUACUUACAAAGUGGAGCCGAAGGACCAGUCCUUCCCAUUUUGUGCCAGGCUGCUGUAUAAGGACCUCACAACAGCCCUUCCAACUGAUGUCACCGUUACUUAUCGAGGGACGGAUGCAUCAGCCACCACGUGGGAAGAACAGCGAGCAGCCCAUGAACAUAUGUUUUUUACAAAGCCCCUGCAUCAAGUGUUUACUUCAUUUGCAAGAAAAGGAGAAAAGCUGGAUAUGAGCCUGGUCUCCUAGAAUAUUAGUGUCAUUGGGAGCACUUCAGAACUUUUGAAAAGAACGUUCUUGGAACACUUUAGGUAAAAGGAAAAUAUUGCACUUUCUGCUGUCAUGACUAAGGUGACUGGGGUUCCAGAAGAACCUUUCAAGAUUAUCAGGACGAGGGCCAUUUCACCUAAUUGAGACCACAGCGGAUGGAAAGCACUGCUUCCCAGGUCUAGCUGGGGCAGAGCACCUGCUGCCCUCGUCUUAAGCAGAACUUCCCCGCCUGUGCGCCCAGCCCGGCCCAAAGGCAGCAGCCUUGUUCCAGCUCCCAUAAGUUCCUGCUCACAGUGGCCAUGGCCUCUCGGGGGAAGGAGGGCUGGUCGGAACCUGGGCUCUGGAAGGAUUGUUCAAGGACUAUGCCUAAGAGCCCUACUCUCUGGGGAAGCUACAGGCACACAGGAAGAGCCUGGCCACCCUCAGAGCUCACACAUCCACGAACAAAUGAAGGCUUCAGGAGAUUUUUAAAUCUAAAGUCUAUGUGAGUGUGCACUUCAACAGUUGGGGAAUGCUGGGACUUGGUCAUUUGUCUUUCCCAAGGCCUUUCUUUGAUUCCCCAAAAUAAACUCCCUUCCCACUAGGA